GGUGCAGAUUUGGCAGAUUUCCGGUGGAUUUCGGCGUGGUCCCGGUGUGGUUCUGGUCGGAGGCGGUUCUGGGCGGUUCUGGUCGGUUCUGGUCGGUUCUGGUCGGUCCCGGUCCCGGCGAGCGGAGUCCAGGAUGGUGCGGGCGGCGCUGGUCACGGCGUCGAGUCUGGCGCUGACGGUGGCGGUGGUGGCUCACGCGUAUCUCCUCAAACAACAGUUCUACCCCACGGUGGUUUACCUGACCAAGAGCAGCCCCAGCAUGGCCGUGCUGUACAUUCAGGCCUUCGUCCUGGUUUUCCUUUUGGGGAAGUUCAUGAGGAAAGUUUUCUUCGGGCAACUCCGCGCCGCCGAGAUGGAGCACCUGAUCGAGCGUUCGUGGUACGCCGUCACGGAGACGUGUUUGGCGUUCACGGUGUUCAGGGACGACUUCUCUCCGCGCUUCGUGGCUCUUUUCACUCUGCUCCUCUUCCUCAAGUGUUUCCACUGGCUCGCCGAAGACCGCGUCGACUUCAUGGAGCGGAGUCCCAACAUCUCCUGGCUCUUCCACAUGAGAGUUUUAUCUCUGAUGGCUCUUCUGGCCAUCCUGGACUUCCUGUUUGUGAAUCACGCCUGUCACAGCAUCAUCACCAGAGGAGCCUCGGUUCAGCUCGUCUUCGGAUUCGAGUACGCGAUUCUCCUGACGAUGGUCCUGACCACGUUCAUCAAAUACGUGCUGCACUCCGUCGACCUCCAGAGCGAAAACCCCUGGGACAAUAAAGCCGUUUAUAUGUUAUACACAGAACUGUUCACAGGUUUCAUAAAGGUCCUGUUGUACAUCGCGUUCAUGACGAUCAUGAUCAAAGUUCACACGUUCCCGCUGUUCGCCAUCAGACCCAUGUACCUGUCCAUGAGGCAGUUUAAAAAAGCCGUAACAGACGCCAUCAUGUCCCGGAGAGCCAUCCGCAACAUGAACACACUGUAUCCAGAUGCGACUCCUGAGGACCUGCAGUCGUCUGAUAACGUUUGUAUCAUCUGCAGAGAAGAGAUGGUGACAGGAGCCAAGAAACUGCCCUGUAAUCACAUAUUCCACUCCAGUUGCCUGCGCUCGUGGUUCCAGCGGCAGCAGACGUGUCCCACCUGUCGGAUGGACGUGCUCCGGGCGUCCAACCCUCCGCCCACUCCCGCCGCCGCGCCCGCCGCCGCACCCGCCAACGCCCCUGCACCUGCCAACGCCGCCGCUCCUGCCAACAACAACGUGGCUCCUGGGAUGAUGCCGGCGUUCCCUCCUGGAGUCUUUCCGUUCUGGGGUCCUUUUCCUCCUGUUCCUCCUCCCGCGGCGGCUGCAGCGCCCCCUGGAGCUGAGGCGGCUCCGGGCCCCUCCGAGGCCCCGCAGGGCGCAGGCUCCAGCUCGGCCCCGUCCUCGUCCUCGUCGUCAGACUCUGCUGCGGCUCCAGGUGUUCCUCCUGCUCCUCCUCUGGGCUCGUCUCUGCCCGGGUUCCCCUUCUCGUUCCCUCCUCCUCCGUUCCCGUCGGCGCCGUGGCUGCCCAUGCCGCCGCCGCCGCCGUUUGGUAAGAAACCACUCAAAUACACUAGCUCCAGCUCGGCCCCGUCCUCGUCCUCGUCGUCAGACUCUGCUCCGGCUCCAGGUGUUCCUCCUGCUCCUCCUCUGGGCUCGUCUCUGCCCGGGUUCCCCUUCUCGUUCCCUCCUCCUCCGUUCCCGUCGGCGCCGUGGCUGCCCAUGCCGCCGCCGCCGCCGUUUGUGUCGUCGAUGCCUCCCGCUCCCCCGUCGCUGUCGUCUCUGUCGGAGCAGGAGUUGGAGGAGCUGGAGGCUGAGGGCAGGAGAGGCCUGGAGGCCCGACUCCAGUGUCUCCAGAACAUCCACACCCUGCUGGACGCCGCCAUGUUGAACAUCCACCACUACCUGAGUACAGUCGCCACGCUCAGUCCUCCUCGAACAGACGGAGCGAGUUCUGCCGGAGCGAACGCCACCGACGCCAACGCCACAGGAAACACCACGACUGGAGCAGCUGCAGGCUCAGACGCCGCCGGGCCAGCAGAGGGCGCAACAGCCGACUCUGCAGGUGGCGCUGCUUGCUGCUGCUGCUGCGGGGGCGGUGGGGGGGGCGGGGUUGGGGCUGUGGGGGCGUCGAUCCUUCAGGCCGCAGACUCGACCUCGGAGGGCGAGAGCCGAGACCGAUCCGGCGACGCGGAUCAGGACGACGACGCCGAGCCCAACGCCGCCGAGCUCAGGAGAAGAAGACUCCGGAAACUGGAGACGCCCACCUCCCCCGCCCAGGACCCCCAGGACUGACCGCC